GUUUUUGUUUAUGUUUCACUUUUGUACUGUUUGAAUUGUUUGCGGUUUUUUUUUUAAAUACAUUUUUCCUAGUUUAUUUUUGCUUCAUACACUAGAUCGACAAGUAUGGAUGAAUCAGAUUUUACGGAACAACUGAAUAAUUACGACCGCCAAAUACAAAAUUUAGAAGAACAAAAGCUGAAAAUAUUAAAUAAACUGAAAACUCUGAAACAAGCCAAAGAAGAAUUGCGACUACAAUACUCUCUAAGUAAAAUAAAAAAUAGACCAGGCAUUUCAGAAUGGUUAGGGAAGGACUACGUUUGGUCUAAAGAAGUUUACAAAAUCCUAAAAAGCAAUUUCAAAUUUGACGAAUUCCGCUCGAAUCAGUUGGCGGCCAUAAAUGCAACUUUAUCCAAGCAGGAUGUACUGUUAAUUAUGCCUACUGGUGGCGGAAAAAGCUUGGUAUACCAGCUACCAGCGAUAGUUACUGGUAACGUUUCAGUUGUGAUCUCACCACUUUUAUCAUUAAUCGAGGAUCAGCUAAUGGCUUUAAGGAAAUUUGGCAUAGCAGCUGCGACAGUUAACUCAAACAGCGCGACAAGUGAGAAGAAAGAAAUUACAGCUAAAAUGUUGGAAAAUAAAUUAAAUUUGAUAUUCGUGACGCCCGAAUGGAUGGCUAAGACAAAAAGUUUCAUGAAUACUCUGACGAAAAUAUAUAAUGCCAAGAGAUUGGAACGUUUCAUUAUAGAUGAAGUCCACUGUUGUUCGCAAUGGGGCCACGAUUUCAGAAGGGAUUAUUUGGCUUUGUCGAUUCUUAAAGGCCAGUUUCCAGGAGUACCCAUUUUGGGCCUUACCGCUACUGCCACUACAAACGUGAUGGUCGAAAUUCAAAAAAUAUUAGAAAUUCCCGAUGCUGUGAUUAUUACUGCCCCCUAUAAUAGACCGAAUUUAUUCUAUAAGGUGAUUAAUAAAUUGGAAAACAAAUCUGAUUCGCUAGAUUAUUUAGAAAAAGUUUUGAAAAAUAAAUAUAAAUUCCAAUCGGGAAUAAUUUAUGCAGCCACUCAAAAAGACUGCGAAGAGCUGGCUACUGAAUUGAGAAAAAGAGAUCUGCAAGUUGCUCCGUAUCAUGCUAAUUUGGAAGGCCCAGUAAAAAGUAAAAUUCACAAAAAAUGGGCGGAUAAUACCUAUCAGGCUGUGAUCGCCACCAUUGCAUUUGGAAUGGGUAUAGAUAAACCUGAUGUUAAAUUUGUCAUUCACUAUACAGUACCAAAAAGUUUGGAAGGAUUAUACCAAGAAAGUGGAAGGGCCGGACGCGAUGGCAAAAAUGCAGACUGUACCCUUAUGUUCAAUCUUACCGACUGGUUGAGGAACUUUUCCAUGACACAAAAUACCAGAGAAGAAAAAAGCGUUAAUGAUAUUUUGCAUUAUUGCAUCAACACAGCUACGUGUAGAAGAAAAAUGAUAUCAAAAUAUUUCGAUGAUGACUGGAGAUCUAGUGACUGUAUGCAAAUGUGCGAUCAUUGCAAAAACCCCAACGACAAUAUUCAAACCUACAACGUCAUUUCGUGUUUGAAAGACAUCAUCAACUUAAUCGGACUUGCUUCAAAUAAAGAAGUAAAUUUAACCCUGAAAAAACUUUUAGAUAACUGGUUUAAAUUGGGUCCGAAAAACUUACAACUCUCUGGGACGCAGCCUAAGUUCACUAGACAACAAGGGGAACAUAUAGUAGGAUUUUUAUUGUGCAAACGUUAUUUGAGUGUGAGAAGGGGCUAUUCGUUAGUAACAACAUUGGCCUACAUUGAUACAAAUCCAAGCGUUGACAUCAAAAGCUUUAAUGGGAAAAUUCUGAUGGAAUAUUCUAGCAAUAUUAGGGGGCUUCCUAUAGAGAAUAUUGAUAAAAUUGAUUUAAUAGAGGAAUCUGUAUCAGGAAAACGACUGUCUGAAUCCCAUUCAAACAGUCAUUCUAAAAAAAUUAAAAAAGAUGUUUGAUUUUUAAGCUUUGAUUCUAUAUUAGAAUUAUGUAUGUAUAUACUUAGUUAUUAAUUUAUUUCCAUUUGUUACACUGAGCUUUGGUGCAAUUUUGAAUGCACCUGCUCAGUGAUCCAUUUGAAUUUUUUGAUGUUACCUAGUCAGUUGAAUAGCAAAAUAAAACAUGAAAA